AUGGAGAACUGCCCUCAAAGCAACGACACGGUCCAGGAGGGUGUCCUGCUCUUCCAGCUGGUUAUCUACAUCCCGGUUCUCACCUUCGGGGUCCUGCUCAACGCCAUUGCCUUCUGGGUCUUCUGCUGCAGACUGAAGAGGUGGACCGAGACCAGGGUGUACAUGAUCAACCUCAUGGUCGCGGACUGUUCCUUGCUCUUUGCUCUGCCUUUCCUCAUCUAUUUUCACCGGCGAGAGCACCCUACGGGGAAGCUUUGCUUCACCAUACAGUGUAUCUACUUCACAAACAUGCCCAUGAGCAUCCUCAUCAUCACGAUGAUCGCCAUCGAUCGAUACAUUGCGAUAAAGUUCCCUCUAAAAGCAAAAACGCUUCGGUCCCCGCUGAAAUCAGCUGCCAUGUGUGGGCUUCUAUGGAUAAUACUCUUAACAUAUGCCUACUUCCACCCAGAGUUUGAAGAAGGAAAGGAACAGUUUUGCUUUCAGAAAAGGACUUCUCAGCCUAAAUAUUCAUCRUUACUCUCCAUUUGCUUUGGGUACUUUAUUCCCCUGGGGAUUGUGGUUUUCUGUUCAGUGGAAGUGAUCAAAUGUCUCAAAAAGAAGAUGUCCUCAAGCUCUCACGAGACAAAGCUGAUCCAGAAGGCGCUCCACAUUAUCUCUGUCAAUUUGUGCGUGUUCGUUUUAUGCUUUUCCCCCCUCUACAUUGUCCUGCUCUUGCGGUUUGUGGUGGAUCUCGCCGGAGCCUGUUCUCUCAUCUCAAAGGUUAGAGUGUCUAUCCAGAUCUUGGCGUGUUUAGCAAAUGCCAACUGCUGCUUGGAUGGUUUUUGCUAUUACUUUGCAGCCAAGGAGUUUCAGGAAACUUCCUCUCUGCUCCCCCCGUGUAUGUUCAUGAGGUCUAGGAUGAAUCAAAGUCAAGAGUCGCAGCAAGCCACAGACCAAGUCGUGACGUAAGAAAAGCGCAGGGCAGCGCUGCCGCCGCUUCCGUCCCGUUCACUGUUAAGGGCU